AUGCUGUAUCCUGCACUCCGUGUAGCGCCUCGUCUUCAGUCAAGACGGAUAGCAGUCUGGCACCGCUGCGGCGUCGCCACUGCAACACCCAAGCAUCCCAACCCAGGAAACUUUGCUAAUCGACCACGAGAGGAGAUGUCGGAGAUCGGCCACCGCGGAGGGAAGAAAGGCGGCAAGGCUCGAGGUGUUGGCGGGUUUCAUGAUAUGGACCCGGAGAAGCAGCAUGCUAUCGCAUCUCGAGGUGGACGUGCCACGCGCAAAGCAGCUAGGGAGCUAGCAGAAGCUGCGACACAAGGACAGAAGCGCCAAACUGGACUCGGUACACUUGGGAGGCGUACGCAUGAGCCUCCAGUGGUGCCACCGACAUAUGAAGAAUGGCAGAGUUGA